CGAUAUUAGUUCAAAUAACCGAGGCUGGAACAUUUAAUUCGUGAUUCUGCAUGGUUUGAGUGCACGUUUUGUUGCAGAUCAGUACGAUAUGACGUCGUUAAGAAUAAUUGGGAUUCUGUUGGUGAUCAAUGGAGUUUUCGCGAAGAAUUUGAAAUUCAAAGGAUUUGCGGAGGAUUCUGAGGAGAACGAUGACGAUAACGACUGGUUAUUUCAUGAUGCGAAGAGCGAAAGAGCCGUUCAGGAUGAGUUUCAUGUUUGCCAGACAGACGCCUGCAAAAUCAUCUCCAGUGAAUUUUUGAAAAGUAUGAACACGUCGGUGGAUCCUUGCGACAAUUUUUACGAUUAUGUCUGUGGCGGUUGGAAUGGAAGAAUUGAUAUAAUACCGUCUUAUGAGGGGAGCUGGGGCCGCUCAGAGUUAUUUCAAUUCACGGUGAACAAGAGGAUCAAAGGUAUUUUGGAGGGAGAGCCACAGCCCAGUGAUAUUUUGCCUGUGAGACAGGCAAAAAAAAUGUACGCAUCCUGUAUGGAUCUCCAGGCACGAGAAGAACGGGGACUGAUACCUCUGGAGUCAAUCCUGAUGCGGACGGGGGGGUGGCCGAUGAUUAUGGAUCGGGAGGAGUGGUACGAUGAAGACGCGUCCUGGCAAGAAAUUGAGAAAAAUUAUUUCUACAUCAAUGGAAAAUUUGUGUUCUACGAUAUUGAUGCUCCCUAUUUACGGAAACUUUAUGGGGAAGAAUUCAUAGAGCGAAUCGAUUUGGCUCCUGGCUCUCUGCCAUUUGCUAAGGAAUUCCCUCACAAAUGGUACCUGGGGAGGGAUGAAAUGAUGGAGGAAUAUGCGAAGGUCAUUGAAAAAGUGGCGAUAGAAUUCAUAAAGCAUAACAAGGCCGCUGUAACUGAGGAAAUGCUGAGGAAAGAUAUUGACGAUCUACUUGAGUUUGACAGACAAAUACAAAAACUGUUGAGAUCAGAUCACGAUGACGCGGAAAUAAGUGUUGGAGAGUUUCUGGAGUUGUAUAAUGGAAAUGUCACUGAUAUCCCGGAUGAAGAUAAGAUCGACUUCGGGAAUCAUAUGAAAAUACUUUUUGGAAUGGAGAACAUUAAAAUCAAUCGUACCGUCCAGAUGUUGAUUCAAUCUCCAACAUACUACAGUAAUAUAACAUUAUUGCUAAAAGAGACACCAAUAAGGACUAUCGCGAAUUACAUUCACUGGAAUUUCGUGAGUAACAUGUUGCCCCAUGCAACGAAAAAAUUGCAAGACAUAUAUGAUAACAUGGUGGCAAAAAAACCUGGCGCAGUAAAGAGGAAACCAAGUUGGAUGGAGUGCGUACAGAUGAUUAAGAUGGAUCAAGCCUCCUCCUACGCAUUUGUCAUGAAGUAUUUCAGUGAUGAAACAGAAAAGGCUGCGGUAGAAAUGACAGAGAACGUUCGCAAUGAGAUGGAGUGGCAAAUUGAUAACUCAGACUGGCUCGACGAUCUAGGGAAGAAGUUCACGAAAGACAAACUCAGAAGUAUGAAAUUUUUCAUCGGAUUUCCUAGUUGGUAUAAAAAUAGAACUGCUGUGAUGAACUCUUACAAAGGGUUGAAAAUUGGAUAUGACUACUUUGAGAAUAUUCUCAACUUUGAGAAAUACUCAGUGCGCGAACACUUGCGAUACCUGAAAAAUGUGAAGCAAGACGAACACUGGGGAAUGGAGCCAGUGAUGGUCAAUGCAUUAUACGCAGGACCACAGAAUUAUUUGAAUAUUCCCGCAGCAGAUUUGCAACCGCCAUUCUUCACUCCAGAUUUUCCAGACAAUGUUAAUUACGGAUCGAUUGGCUCCAUAAUAGGCCAUGAAAUAGGACACGCCUUCGAUGAUUCAGGAAUACGAGUGGGCGACGACGGUGAAGCUACUAAAUUAUCGAAGAUGAUGAUAGAAUCAUACUACAAGCGAGCGGAAUGUUUCUUGGAUCAGUUCAAUAACUAUUGGGGUGUGACGGAAAUAGUAGGCGCUGGUGGAACUCCGUCGUAUCGUGGGAGAAGUAUUGGACGACGAACGAGGGGUGAGAAUAUUGCCGAUACAACGGGAUUAAACUCCGUAUACCAAGCUUAUCGAAAGUUACGAGAGACGAAGGGCAAACCUGACGAGAGACUGCCGGAUUUCCAGAAAUAUACCGACGAUCAAAUGUUCUUCAUUUCAUUCGCAUCUGCGUGGUGCCAAGUAAUGAGACCGGAAUACGCGGAAGUGCUGAAGACGCGGGAUGAGCACAGUCCUAAUCAUAUGAGAGUGAUAGGGGCAGUGUCCAAUGUCGAUGGAUUCGCCAAGGCCUUCAAUUGUCCCAAGGGAAGUCCCAUGAAUCCCGAGAACAAGUGUGACAUUUGGGAUGCUGAGGAAUCAUCUCUGACCAACGAAAUUGACGAUUUCCCGAGGAGAAGACACCGCAGCAGAUGGAGCCUCAGUGGUUGGUGAUUGCUAAGCGAAAACUAAACGAACCAAUUGUAGAGGUCGAUUUCACCUGUCGUUAUGCGACAGUAUAAUAACAAUGGAUGUUUAUUUUAAUCCAAUUAUAAUUAUCAAAUGAGAAAAUAAUUGUCGCAAAUUAAAUCCAAAUGGUUUGAAUUCUGUUGCGUUAAUGGGAAUAAAGAUAACUCUCUGUCAGCAGUA